AUGAGCUCAUCCGCCCCCGCAUCAACAGAAGUGCAACCCCGCUUCCAGCAGCUCUUUGCCGAGCUAGAGAAGCGAUUCCAAUCAACCACCCUGGGCGACGAUAAAUGGUACAUUCUCGCUACCUCUACACUGGCAGCCAGUCCGGACCCGGAACGUGCAGACCAGUUGUAUCAAUACAUCUGUUCUCAGCCGGGCUACUCAACCUCCCCCGCACGACAAGCCUUAGUCCGCCGUCUGCGGGAGGCCCUCAUUAAGUCCGUUCCAAUCGUGGGUGUCUGUAAACCCAUUGAAGCAAUUCUAUCCAUCAGCAAAGUCGAGCGGGAAGAGGACAAGGAUUACACCUUUACCCGCGAGGGAUGGCAAUGUGACCAGGCAAACCACGACCGCGGCGCGGAAUGGAUGCAGAAGUUAUAUUCGCGCAACACGACAGGCACGUUGAACCUGUUUAGCGCGCAUAAGGAUUUCUCCUGGUUGUCGGAGGAAAUCACCUACGGUCUCUUCCUUUCUGAUCGUCAGGUUCUGGAUGAUGUUGAUACUCAGCUGGUUGUGCUGCCGGGCAUUAUGAGCCAGAAUCUGCCGAAUGAGACUCAUUGGCAUAUUCGUGGCACGAGGCGCUUAGGACUGCCUAAGGAAGAGGUUCAGGUUAUCUGGGACUGUGUGCAGCUGGUUGCGCAGUUCUUUGAGAUCAAGUUGAGCAAGGUGCCCACUGUCGAACAGGUGGAAUAUGAUGUUUAG